UUUUUUUUUUUUUUAACACACCAUCUCGAAAUCAGAAGCAGCUUAGGCAGGCUCCUGUUUCAGCUCUCCCCUCUUCUCCAUCGUCCGAUUACCCCUUCCCUUCCUCUCACCAAAAUCAACUCUAAACCAUCAUCUCCAUCAACCAAUCCCCAUCUCUCGCGCCAAAUACGAACUUCUCCCAAACCCCCGCCACCCCAUCGACCUCUCUUUCAACCCCCUGGUAAGUGAUUCUUCACACAGUCGCCGUUCUCAAUCUUCACACACAAUACACACAGUCAACGUGGACGAUCAUCAAAGGGAUUAGGGCAAGGGCUAGGGUUUUAGUGGAGAUGGCUGAAGCUCCUCCUGUGAGUCCUGGUGGUGGCGGCGUUGAGAGCGGGGGCGAGCAGAGCCCUCAGUCGAACGUUCGGGAGCAGGACCGUUUUCUCCCGAUUGCCAACAUUGGACGCAUAAUGAAGAAGGCCUUGCCUGCUAACGGCAAGAUUGCAAAGGAUGCUAAGGAUACUGUUCAGGAAUGCGUGUCCGAAUUCAUCAGCUUCAUCACAAGCGAAGCAAGUGACAAGUGUCAGAAAGAGAAAAGGAAAACCAUAAAUGGUGAUGAUCUGCUUUGGGCAAUGGCAACUUUAGGGUUUGAGGAUUACAUAGAACCACUGAAAGCAUAUCUGGCUCGAUACAGGGAGUUAGAGGGUGACACCAGGGUACCUGCUAGGGGUGGAGAUGGAGUUUCUAAUACAGUUGGAACUCAGAUGGGCUCUAAUGCCGAGCUCUCUUACACACAUGUGGGUUAUGCAAAUUCUCAAGUUUAAGAUGUUGUCAUCAGACCAUCUUGUAAAUGUCUUAUGGAUGAUAUACCUGUAGCAAGAGUCGUACUCCUCCUUCAUUGAUGCCAGUCACUGCACAAUGGGAUGGCACCUCGUGGAAACUGACUGUCUACUUGGCACCUUACGUGGCAUCUGCUCUCAGAGGAGUAUUUUGAUUUUUUUUUUCCCUGCUAUAUUUAGUUUACCUGUGUAAUCCUAAAGGGAGAUAUGUGGAAUAUCUUACAAAAAAAAAUGGCUUUGGACAAUAUCUGAAUAGGUUCUAGUUUGCCUUUGGACAUUUUAUUAUAGUGAAGUUAAUAGAAGGUUUGUGGUAUUUUGGUAAUUUUCAUGGCAACUAUAAAUUCUUGUCAA